AUUUUGUGGGUUUUGGGUCUUUCAGACGCCAAGGGGCUCUCGAACCCCUCGGAGGUGGAGCUGCUGAGGGAGAAGGUUUACGCCUCGCUGGAAUCCUACUGCAAACAGAAAUACCCCGAGCAGCAGGGCAGGUUUGCCAAGCUGCUGCUGCGGCUGCCGGCGCUGCGCUCCAUCGGCCUCAAGUGCCUGGAGCAUCUGUUCUUCUUCAAACUCAUCGGGGACACCCCCAUCGACACCUUCCUCAUGGAGAUGCUCGAGGCCCCCCACCAGCUCUCCUGAGCCCCCACAACAGCCCCCAAACAGCCCCAAAAUAUCCCCAAAAUAUCCCCAAAAAAUCCC